AUGCCUAAGUCCAAGUCGUCGACAGCUCUGCGGCUGGUCAGCCUCCUUUCCCUUGCCAGUGUGCAGGUGUCUGCCUCCACUGCCUCCGUCCUUGUGGAAAGCCUCGAGAAACUGCCUCACGGAUGGACAGCGGCGUCGGCCCCUAGCCCUUCGUCCCAGAUCACCUUGCAAGUCGCUCUUACGCAGCAAAACAUUGAUCAGCUGGAAUCGAGGCUCGCAGCAGUAUCCACGCCAAACUCUAAGACUUACGGAAACUAUCUCGAUCUCGAUGAGAUUAAUGAGAUCUUCGCGCCUAGCGAUGCUAGCAGCGCAGCCGUGGAGUCUUGGCUCAAGUCUCACGGUGUAACCAAGUACACCAAGCAAGGCGCCAGCAUCUGGUUUCAAACCGAUGUUUCCACUGCAAACUCAAUGCUGAGCACAAACUUCCACACUUACAGUGACACUACUGGUGCGAAGAAAGUGAGAACUCUCCAAUACUCGAUCCCGCAGAACCUUGUCGACCAUAUCGAUCUUAUCUCGCCCACGACUUACUUUGGCACCACCAACGCCGCGCGAGCUUUGAAAGCGAGAAGCGUGGCUUCAGUGGCUCGAAGUGUGGCAGCCCGCCAGGAGCCUUCCAGCUGCCAAGGAACUCUGGUCUAUGAAGGAAGGACGUUCAAUGUCUUCCAACCAGACUGUCUUAGGACAGAAUACAAUGUUGAUGGAUACACUCCAUCGGCCAAGUCUGGCAGCAGAAUCGGAUUUGGCUCCUUCUUGAACCAAAGUGCAAGCUUUUCAGAUCUUCAGCUCUUUGAGCAGCACUUUGGAUUUGCCAGCCAGAACUUCUCCGUCGUUCUGAUCAAUGGCGGAACAGAUUUGCCCCAGCCUCCUUCUGAUGACGACGAUGGCGAGGCCAACUUGGAUGUCCAAAACAUUUUGACAAUCGCACACCCUCUGCCCAUCACAGAGUUCAUCACUGCUGGAAGCCCACCGUACUUCCCAGACCCCGUUGAGCCAGCAGGAACUCCCAACGAGAACGAGCCUUACUUGCAGUACUUCGAGUAUCUCUUGUCAAAGCCCAACUCCAAGAUCCCCCAGGUUAUCACCAACUCCUACGGCGACGAGGAGCAGACAGUUCCCCACGCCUAUGCUGUUCGAGUGUGCAACCAAAUUGGAUUGCUGGGACUGCGCGGUAUCUCCAUCCUGGAGUCUUCCGGUGACGAGGGUGUUGGUGCCUCUUGCGUUGCUACCAACAGCACCACUCCUCAAUUCAACCCCAUCUUCCCGGCAACAUGCCCUUACGUCACUAGCGUAGGUGGAACUGUGAGCUUCAACCCAGAAGUUGCCUGGGAUGGUUCAUCUGGCGGUUUCAGCUACCACUUCUCUCGCCCCUGGUACCAGGAGGAAGCCGUUGGAAACUACCUAAAGAACCACAUCAGCGCCGAGACAAAGAAAUACUACAGCCCUUAUGUCGAUUUCUCUGGACGUGGCUUCCCCGACGUUGCAGCUCACAUACAUAGUUACCCCGUGUUCCAGGGUGGUCAACUUACCCCAAGCGGAGGCACUUCCGCAGCUUCCCCUAUCGUGGCUAGUAUCAUUGCUCUCUUGAACGAUGCACGUCUCCGCGAAGGCAAGCCCGCACUUGGGUUCCUGAACCCACUGAUCUACCAAUAUGCUUAUCAGGGUUUCACGGAUAUCACAGCCGGUCAAUCUGAUGGCUGCAACGGCAACAACACCCAGACUGGUGCCCCUCUUCCUGGCGCCGGCAAUGUCCCAGGAGCACACUGGAACGCGACCAAGGGAUGGGAUCCUACAACUGGAUUCGGUGUUCCCAACUUCAAGAAGCUGCUCCAGCUGGUUCGAUACAUCUAA